AGCUAGGCUGCUUCCAGCAACCUUCAAUGCGCUCCUCCUAUAGCUACAGCCUGUUAUAUAUAUAGUUGGGAGUUACUUGUACUCAAACUGCAAAACAUAAAAUCACUGCACAGAAUAGGCUACUCACAAGUACUAGCUAGCCCAAAAAAUGUAUCCUUCAGCUCCUGACCAUGAGAAAUAUGCAGGUGAUCAAGAUCAGUACUAUAUUCCAGGUCAGGUUCCAGCUUUGAGUCCUCAUGGUGCAGCAAGAGGCUAUGCUCCUCCAUAUGUCGUCAGCACGGUGCGAUCUGCUCGUCAUGUAGGAGGGGAGUGGUCAACUGGCCUUUGCCAUUGCUGUGAUGAUCCUGCAAAUUGUCUGAUAACUUUCUUUUGCCCCUGCAUCACAUUCGGUCAGAUAGCUGAGAUAGUGGAUCAAGGUUCCUCAUCUUGUGCUCAAAAGGGAACUUGUUAUGGGAUCCUUCUUUCGACUACUGCUCUUGCUUGCUUGUACUCGUGUUUCUAUCGGUCAAAGUUGAGAGGUCAGUACGACUUGGAAGAAGCACCUUGUGUGGAUUGCCUAGUUCAUUUCUGCUGUGCUACCUGCGCACUUUGUCAAGAGUACAGAGAGCUUAAGAAUCGUGGGUUUGAUAUGGGAAUAGGUUGGGAAGCCAACAUGGAGAGACAAAGGCGAGGAGUUGUUCAACUUACUCAAGCUCCGAUUCCGGCACAGGGCAUGACAAGAUAAAAAAGAGAAAACAAGAGAAAAAUUGUGCGGAAUUGAAUAUGGCACCGGUAUAUAUCAGUGUAUAACCGGUAUCACUGAUUUCUAUUAUAGUCCUUUAUGAUGUUCUCAUUUUUGAGAAAAAAAAAUCUUAUGCUAGUUUCGGGAGUUUACCAUAUGUUAUUGUUGAACUAUAAACUAUUAUAAUACAAUUACAUAUUGUGAAAUUUGGGUGCUGA